AUGCCCCAGGAGGAGAUGGAGAAGCCUCUUAUACUUGGUGGUGCUAGCCCCAGACACCUCAAAACCUCCAUGUCCGAUCCAGGUACCCCCUUGGUUGGCAUCCUGGGCACAGGUGACUUCUCCCGCUCCUUAGCCACCAGGCUGGUAGCCUCCGGGUACCGGGUGGUGGUGGGCAGCUGCAACCCAGGCUGUGCCUCACUCUUUCCCGCGUAGGCUGAAGUGACCACCCAGGCCGACCUGGUGUUCGUGGCCCUCUUCCCUGAGCACUACUCCACCCUAGCUGGACUGAGGGAGCCGCUAGUGGGGAAGACUCUGGUGGAUGUUAGUACUGGUACUAAGAUCAACAGUGAUAAGCAGUCAUUUGCAGAGCAGCUGGCCAAUAUUUUCCCAGAGAGCAGUGUGGUGAAGGGCUUUAAUGUGAUCUCGGCCUGGAGCCUGCAGAAGGGGCCAAGGGACGCCAGCAGACAGGUGCUGAUUUGCAGUGACAGCAGUAGGGCCAAGAGCGAUGUACUCCAGAUCUGCCGCAGUCUUGGCUUCAUCCCUGUUGACAUGGGUCGCCUCUCCUCUGCCCAGGAGAUAGAGAACACUCCCCUGUACCUCUUCCCCUCGUGGCGCGUCCCAUGUCUCUCCACCCUCGGCCUCUUCCUCCUCUUCUACGCCUACAACUUCCUUCGUGACGUCGUCCACCCCUACGCCACGGCGGGGAAGAGCACAUUCUACAAAAUUCCGGUGGAGGUGGUAAACGUGACACUCCCCUCUGUGGCCUUGGUGACCCUGGCUCUGGUCUACCUGCCCGGUCUCGUGGCUGCCUUCCUGCAGCUGUCGUGGGGCACCAAGUACAGGCGUUUCCCCAACUGGUUGGAUCGCUGGCUGCAGCAGCGGAAGCAGUUGGGCCUCUGUGCUUUUCUCUGCGCAGCACUGCACGCCGUCUAUAGCCUGUGUUUGCCCAUGCGCAGGUCUGCUCGCUACAAUCUGCUCAACGCUGCCUUCAAACAGGUGAAGGUAGGCCAAGAGGACUCGUGGGUAGAGGAGGAGGUGUGGAGGAUGGAGCUGUAUCUGUCUAUAGGCAUCCUGGGCCUUCUCUCUCUGCUGGCUAUCUCCUCACUGCCCACCGUGGGCAACUCGCUCAACUGGAGGGAGUUCAUCUUCGUACAGUCCAGACUGGGCUACAUGGCCCUGUUGAUGGCCACCCUCCACACGCUGACCUACGGCUGGGACCUGGAGCAGUAUCGCUUCUACCUCCCUCCCACCUUCCUGCUGGUGCUGGUCCUGCCGCUGGCUGUGCUGCUGGGGAGGCUGACUCUGUCCCUGCCGUGCGUGGCUCUCCGGCUGAGUCGUAUCAGGAGGGGUUGGGAGAAGAGCCGAGCCAUCCGGUUCACACUGCCUGAGGACGAGUGUAACGGGCCAUCACAGGAGGACAUCAGUAAUGUUUGAGAGAGAUGCUUGGUUUAGUCUUACAUGAAGGAUUGAAUGAAGGAAGCAUGGAAGACACACACACACACACACACGCAGGCAAGUGGAGAUGGGAGAGAAGUACUGACUGUCAUAUUAAGGGAUGUAAUAUCACCAGCCUUAUGCAUCAAAAGCAGUUUAGGGAUUUCAAUGGCCUUUGUUUUACUAGUGAACAUGCUACUUGUUUGGAUGACAUGUCAUC